AUGGACGACACUAAGAAAGAGUCGGUCCCAACGCCUAUUCAGGAGCCUACUACAAGCACAGAAACCACCAACGGCAUCGACGAGCUUUGGCAAAUAGCUCAUGCACAUGCUCACGAUGAGAUCUGGGGUGUGCAACUUGCAGAUCCGAAAACACAUGUCCCGUCCCAGAUCGUCUUCCAGAAGUUCAUUAAUGCCUAUGAUGGAGAUCUAACCCAAGCCAAAGACAAGUUGAAACGCACUCUGGACUGGCGGCAAGAGAACAAGCCUCUUGACCUACUCAAGAAGCCGCAUUCGGCAUCCAAAUUCGACGGCCUGGGCUACGUCACAAGCUACGGCAGUGCCCUUCCCGGAGAGUCAGACGGCAGGGAAGUCUUCACCUGGAAUAUCUAUGGCGGUGUUAAGGACAUCAGAGCCACAUUCGGCGAUCUGAAGGAGUUCAUCUCCUGGCGAGUUGCAGUCAUGGAGCAAGCCCUAGCAGAACUCGAUCUCAACUCCGCGAAGGAGCCCAUCACACCCGAACACGAUCCUUGGAAGAUAUAUCAGGCCCAUGAUUAUAAAGGCAUCUCUUUUUUCCGCCAGUCGGCCGAGGUCAAGACAGCGUCUACCGAGACCAUCAAAGUUCUGGCAGACAACUAUCCGGAGCUGCUCAAGGAAAAGUUCUUCGUCAAUGUUCCGGCUAUCAUGGGCUUUGUAUAUACGUUCAUGAAGCUCUUCGUGGCGGCCAAGACAAUAAAGAAGUUCCAUCCGAUGGCCAAUAGUAUGAACAUGGUUCAUGAGUUUGGCUCCAGCAAGGUAUCGGAUCUUGGCAAGCAACUACCGCCGGACUACGGCGGUGAAGGGAAGGGGCUUAAGGAGGUCGGCAAGCAGGUCAACCUGGCAUAA